AUGGCUGACCGCUUCAUCAGUGAGACAAUCUACCAAAUUUUCCUGAGCUCUCCGAGCUACCACCGCUGGCACGCGCCUAUAUCUGGGAAGAUCGUCAAGUCCUACAUCAUCAACGGCACGUACUACUCCGAACCCCUGUUCACGGGCACAACGAACCCCCACAACAACCAUACCCACAUCGAUGGCGUGGAUAUCGUUACCGCAGAGACAUACCUGACCUUCAUGGUUACCCGAACCGUCAUCUCCAUCGAGGCUGAUGACCCUUCUAUUAGAACGGUUGCGUUCGUUGGUAUCGGAAUGGCGGAGGUCUCGACGUGCGAUAUCACUGUUAAAGAGGGUCAACAUGUGAAGAAGGGAGAGCAGCUGGGGAUGUUCCACUACGGUGGCUCGACGCAUUGUCUGCUCUUUGAGAACGCGGUUAAUGCUACGGGCUUCCCGGAGAAGGGUGGGGAGUGGAAUGUUUCUGUCAGAGGGGAGUUAGUUGUUGUUCAAUAGUUUGGUUUCUGUUGUUUGAAUAGCCUAUAUAUCAUAUAUCCAUGCAAUAAUAUUAUACGUAUGAUUGUGUCGUGAAGCCUUGCCGGGGCUCCAAACCAUAUACUGAUGCUGAAUCUGCAUAAGUAGCAACACGGUCAGC